AUGGCUACGAAAAAAGCACCAAUAGUUUAUCACCCAAGUUAUAACAUCACGUUUUGGAAUCUUGAAAAGAAAUAUAAAAAUAUCCAUCGAUUCCUGAUUGAAUCAGGCCUUUUUACCAUAAAUUCUUUUCAUGAACCUUCACCGCCAACUCCGCUUGACCUAGAAGACGUGCAUUCCAAGCAGUACCUGGAUUCGUUGAAUAGCAAUGCAAAACUUCAGAGAAUAUUGGAGGUACCUUUCGUGACCAUGCUACCACAUUCUUUAGUGAAAAAAAAAGUUUUGGAGCCUAUGUUGUUACAAACUGGUGGGAGCGUUCUCGCAGCGGAAUUAGCGUUAGAAAAUGGUUGGGGUAUCAACUUGGGAGGAGGUUUCCAUCAUGCGCAUUACAAUGAUGGCGGUGGUUUUUGUGUAUAUGCAGAUAUUACUCUGAUUGUCAAGAAAAUGUUGAGCAACUAUCCAGAUAAAGUGUCAAGGGUGAUGAUUAUAGAUUUGGAUGCCCAUCAAGGAAAUGGGCAUGAGCGCGAUUUUGCCCACGACAACAAAGUCCACAUCAUUGAUGCAUUUAAUUUUCAUAUUUAUCCUCAAGAUCGCUAUGCCUAUUCAUCUAUCACCACACCUGUUCGAUUAACGACUCCGGAACUCAAAAAAGAUGAAAAAUACCUUCAAUCGAUUCAAUCCGCCAUCCUUCAAUCUUUCCACGAGUUUCGCCCGAACUUCGUCAUAUAUAAUGCUGGAACCGAUUGUCUGGAAGGUGAUCCCUUGGGCUCCAUGAACUUAUCUAAAGAUGCUAUCUUGAAAAGGGAUGAGCUGGUGUUUCGAACAGCAAUAAGUAAUGGUGUUCCAAUCGUAAUGCUUUUAAGUGGUGGAUAUCAAAAGAAAAAUGCUGAAAUCAUUUCUACAAGCAUCUUGAAUAUUAUCAACAAGUUUGGGCUUUUGGAAAAAAUCGGAACUUCAAAUUAA